AGUGACAUCAAAAUUGUCAUAGUCAAUUUGUAAUUUGGAGUAUACCUGUGUGUGACUCGUAGAAAUACAAUUAAUUUUUGUAGCCUAUCACCAAUAAAAUAUAAUUAAACACACAAUGGGAUCAUCUGUGCAUAAAAUCAUUGUUAUAGUUGGAUUUAUAUCGUUAUUCCAUUCCGCCUUUUCAGCUGCCCAACAUCGGUCUUACCUGCGGAUAACGUCUCAGGAAUUCACAACCUUGCCUUUGGAUAUUGUCGUUCAGGCUGUAGCCAGUUUGUUUGCUGUGAUGUGGGGAGUGCUGAACGUGGCUGGCAACCUCGAGAUUCCCGCAGCCGCUGAACUGAACACUGUUAAAUGGGAGAACCAGAGGAACCUUCCAUCUUUCUACAUUUUCAACCACAGAGGAAGAGCUUUAGCAGAUAAUUAUAUGCCUAGUGGGGGGAAAUGUGAAUUAGAGAAUGUAGAGUAAUAUAGUAGAAGAUUUUUUGCAUAGGAAAGUCAUUUUUGUUAUGUUUUAACACUGAAUAUAACUUUUUCAUAAUAUAAGUAGAUAUUGGGGGAAGUUAUGAGCAAAGUUAUGUAUGGAACUGAUAACUGAAAUCAAAGGAAUGAAUAAA